UUGUAGAUGAAGGCAGGCAAAUUUACGUAAGAGAUAAUCCAAUCUAUCUGCGCCCUUUCCGGCUUUAACUUCCCCGCACACACCUGGCUGCACUUCGCCCCUCGCUGUGUCUAUACUGGAAGGCCUGAGGGGGAGGCCAAGAUGACAACACUGAGGCUGGAUGAGGAUGACAUGGCAGAUAUUAAAAGGGAUGCCAUCGAACGCCUACGACACUACCUGUGUGACAAACUGAUCGCGGAAAGGCACUUUGAUUACUUGCGCUCAAAUAGGAUAUUAAACAAGGAUGACACAGAAGAAAUUAUGAGCCAGACGACCAGCAGUAAAAGAGCGGGCGAACUGCUGGACCGACUGGCGAAAAACCCAAAGGGCCUCGACAAGCUGAUUGAAUCGAUCAAACAGCUGAGGACGCAGGAUUUUCUCAUCGACAAGAUCACAGACGAGGUUCUCCGAUUAAAAAACAUGAAGCUGGAAUCCUACAAAGGAUGCUGCCUGAGCCCCUCUCCAGUCACCCCAAACGGAUUAAGUAGUGAUCUUUAUAGACAGCACUCUACAGAUGGCAAGCUACUGUCACCAGAAACAGAAUCCACGGUUCUUUUUCACCCUGAGGGUGAAUCUAGCCUUCCUCUUCAAUUUAACAUGACCCUGACAUUAACCGAUCAGUCAGUUCUGGAAAACAGAACAAGAAGCGUCAGGCUGAAUUCUCCCAAUUCACUUUGGCUCCCCAGGCCCGGAGAGAUGGGAGCGCCCCCUCUUCCAGAGACCAUUCCUCAGGAGAAUGAAGACGUGUGUUCCAGCACCCCGAUACUCAGCCAGUUUCUUCCUCUGAGGUCCACUUCACCCUCCAGCCACUGAAAAUAUCUAAGACUGGUGUUAUAUAUCGUCAUCU